AUGUUUGCUCCCAUCACCGCUCUGGUAGGCUUGACCUGCUCUGGCUUGGUUUCAGGUCUCACAUUGGCAUACCCUCUGCUGAUCAACACGCACUUUAUCGACGAGCAAGGUGCCAAGAUCGCGCCCGCUGCCCUCCACGUCAACCUCAGCAUUGCGCAGCGGCUCACACUGUGGGAACGCGCAUUCAAAGCUGGAUUCGUCUUGCCAGCUCUGUCGCUGCUUUCUGUCGUCACUCUGACGACCUACGCACUGACCACAGACGCCAGCAACGACAAGAGCGCCUUUGCCAAGCGUCUGAGUUCCAACUGGGCCCAACGCAAGAAGCUCAUCCUUGCAUCGGCUGCGUUGACGGGCAGCGUGAUCGCGUUCACCAUCCUAGCCAUCCUGCCCACCAACGACAAGCUCAUGGCGCUGAGGCAGGCGGCGAACAACAAGGAGCCGAUCGACGUGGCCCAGGCUGAGUCGCUGUUACGAAAGUGGACGCAGCUGCACAAUGUGCGUGUGGGCACCGCUUUUGGUGGCUUUGUUCUGGCCCUGUACUCGUUUGUCGUGUUGUAG